AUGCGUUCCCUGGCUGGCUUAUUUGAGGCUGUAACGUGGGUGCUAUUAUUAGCGUCAGCAUGUGCUACGCCACUCAAUGCGCAACACAAUGGUAAUCAGGCAAGAUCAUGUCGAAAAACGAAGGUCGUCAUCCUAGGCUCCGGUGUCGCCGGGAUAAGUGCGGCUCAAGCUCUUUCCAACGCUUCUAUCACGGAUUUCCUCAUUGUUGACCGCAACGAUUACAUUGGUGGGAGGCUAGCCCACACGAACUUUGGCUCGAAGCCAGACGGAACAUCGUAUACCGUUGAGCUCGGAGCAAACUGGAUCCAAGGCUUGGGAGCGAAAGACACGGCGGCACCGGAGAACCCAAUCUGGACGUUUUCCAAGAAGUGGAACAUCUCCAAUACGUACUCUGAUUAUGAUUCUAUCCUAACAUAUGACGAAACCGGCACAAGCGACUUUUCCGACCUCCUGGCCGAGUUUGAUGAUUCCUGGGAUGCCGCUGCAGUGUAUGCGGGAUCGAUUCUCACAGAGAAUCUGCAAGACACCUCUGCGCGUGCUGGACUCAGCCUCGCAGGGUGGAAGCCCAAGCAGGACAUGAAGAGGGCGGCGGCAGAAUGGUGGCAGUGGGACUGGGAUGCUUCGUAUUCUCCGGACCAGAGCAGUCUCGUGUUCGGCAUCACGGGGGACAACCUCACCUUUAACCAGUACGGCGAAGACAACAACUUCGUGGUAGAAUCACGAGGCUUCAACGCGUGGCUCGUUGGGGAAGCAUCGACAUUCCUGGACCUGUCAGGCAACGACCCGCGGUUGCUCCUGAACACCACGGUCUCUCGCAUCGAGCACUCAGACUCGGAGGUCACGGUCCGCCUGUCUGACGGCGAGUGCAUCUCGGCCGAGCAUGCGGUCUGUACCUUCUCCUUGGGCGUAUUGCAGAAUGACAUUGUCGACUUUGAGCCUCAGCUGCCGCUGUGGAAGCGCGAGUCCAUCGAGCAAUUCCAGAUGGGCACGUACACCAAGGUGUUCUACCAGUUCAACACGACCUUCUGGCCCGGGGAUGUGCAGUUCUUCCUAUACGCCGAUCCGGAGAAGAGAGGCUACUUUCCGGUAUGGCAGUCGUUGUCGACCGAAGGCUUCCUCCCCGGAAGCAACAUUAUAUUCGCGACUGUGGUGGAUGACGAGUCCCACCGCAUUGAGAAGCAGAGCGAUGACCAGACCAAGAGGGAAGGCCUCGAGGUCCUGCGCAAGAUGUUUCCAGAGGUCGAGAUCCCCGAGCCCAUCGACUUCAUGUACCCGCGGUGGACGACAGAGCCAUGGACCCAUGGAAGCUAUAGCAACUGGCCCGUGGGCAUGACCCUGGAGAAACACCAGAAUCUCCGGGCCAAUGUUGGAGCCCUGUGGUUUGCCGGCGAGCACACUUCGGCACAGUACUACGGGUUUCUGCAGGGGUCUUGGUUCGAGGGGCAAGAGCGCGGCGUGCGCAUAGCCGCGCUACUCAAGGGCAAUGGCACCGCCAUGCAGGCUUAUGACGUGCUGCAGGGCACGACUGCCCUUUCCGAGUAUGACGCCACCAAUGGGUGGCCGACGAGUAGCUUUGUGAACUACAGCCAUGAGCUGGCGGUGGCCUAG